AUGCUUCUGAAGAAAAGACUCUCGCUGGGGCUCACGGCAACCCACAAGGUUUUCGUUCGUUCUCGCCACGGCGGAUGCACGAAAAUCGUCAGAGAACACUACCUCCGUGGCGAUAUACCGUGCUACUCCAAACUCUGCAGAAUCUGUCCAGAAGUAGUCCAGCCUGAUGCCCAGGGCAAUUUGCCUGAAUUUAUACUUUCCGACUCGCCCUUGAAGCUCAAGGACGGCGUGGGCCAUUACGUCAUUGUGGACACCAACGUGGUGUUGCAGGCGAUCGAUCUUUUGGAGCAUCCUGACUGUUUUUACGAUGUCAUCAUUCCUCAGGUUGUGCUUGACGAGGUGAAGAACAGGUCUUUUCCUAUUUACCAGAGGCUCCGUGCGCUUGUGAAGGCCGCCGACAAGCGGUUUGUUGUUUUCCACAACGAGUUCAGGGAGGACACUUUUGUCACCAGAAUGAGAAACGAGUCCAUCAACGACAGAAACGACAGGGCCAUUCGCCGCUGUGUGAAGUGGUACAAAGAUCACUUGAACGUGAAGAACAGCAGCACCCCUGUGAAUAUCGUGUUUGUGUGCAACGACCAUGAAAACAGAGAAAAAGCGAUUGCUGAUGGCUCCGAUGCCAGAUCGCUUGUUGAAUAUAUUGAAAGCUUGCCUGAAGGCGAGGAGCUCCGUGACUUGAUUCCUACGGAAAACGAGUCGUUCGAAAAGAACGCAAACGAGAUCUCGUUCCCAGAGUACUACUCUACGUCGAGAACCAUGGCAGGCAUCAAAAACGGCACCUUGUACCAGGGUGUGAUGAACAUCUCAGCAUACAACGUCUUGGAGGGCUCCAUCAGCACUCCAGCGUUCAAGAAACCGUUAUUAGUCGUGGGCACGCAUAACCUUAAUAGAGCGUUCAACGGCGACCUCGUCAUUGUCGAGUUGCUCCCUAAGGAUAAGUGGAGAGAGCCUUCUUCGACUAUUGUGGAGGAAAGCUCCAUCGGUGCAAACGACAAUGCCGAGGAGGAUAGCAAAGAAAGCGUCAUUUCCGACAAGGAGCGCCGUGUGUUGGCCCAAGAGGCUGUUAAGGCCACAUCUGCUCACGAAAGAAAACUCCAACCCACAGCCAGAGUGGUUGGCAUCACAAGAAGAUCCUGGAGAUUCUACGUUGGUCAGAUCGCUCCAUCUUCGGUUUCCGUUGAGGAGGACACCGGUAACUCUUCCAAGACCUGCUUUGUCAUUUUGAUGGACAAGCUUCUCCCAAAAAUCCGUAUCAAGACCAGAAAGGCCAAGGACCUUCUAGGGCAAAGAAUUGUUGUUUCUGUGGACUCGUGGCCUGCCGACUCCAAGUACCCACAGGGCCAUUUCGUGAGGAGUUUGGGUGAGAUUGAAAGUGUGCAAGCGGAAACGGAGGCGUUGCUUUUGGAGCACGAUGUGGAGUACAGACCGUUUUCCAAGGCAGUUUUGGACUGUUUGCCAAAGGAGGGUGAGAAUUGGGUUGUUCCAGAGAAAUUGGAUACCGACAAGCAGUUGAAGCAGAGAGUGGAUUUGAGAGACAAGCUUGUGUGUUCCAUUGAUCCUCCAGGAUGUGUGGACAUUGAUGAUGCUCUUCAUGCAAAGCAGCUUCCCAACGGCAACUACGAGGUUGGUGUUCAUAUCGCCGAUGUUACCCAUUUCGUGAGACCCAAUACCGCCUUGGACAACGAGGGUGCCUCUCGUGGUACCUCCGUUUACUUGGUCGACAAGAGAAUCGAUAUGUUGCCCAUGCUUUUGGGUACGAACUUGUGUUCUCUUAAGCCCUACGUCGACAGAUUUGCCUUUUCGGUUAUCUGGGAAGUGGACGAGAACGCCAACAUCGUCAAGGUGGACUUCAUGAAGUCUGUGAUCAAGUCCAGAGAAGCAUUUUCGUAUGAGCGUGCUCAGAACAAGAUUGACGACGAGUCUCAGCAGGACGACCUCACCAAGUCCAUGAGAAUCCUCCUCAAACUCUCUAAGAAGCUCAAACAAAAGAGAUUGGACGCUGGUGCGUUGAACUUGGCUUCUCCAGAAGUGAAGGUCCACAUGGACAGCGAAACGUCUGAUCCUGGCGAAGUUGAAAUCAAGAAAUUGUUGGAAACCAACUCCUUGGUUGAAGAGUUUAUGUUGUUCGCCAAUAUCUCCGUGGCACGCAAAAUCUACGAGGCAUACCCACAAACGGCAAUGUUGAGAAGACACGCUCCACCUCCAGCCACAAACUUCGAGGAGCUCAAUGAGAUGUUGAGAGUGAGAAAGAACGGCAUGUCCAUUUCUCUUGAAUCCUCCAGGGCUUUAGCUGACUCCUUGGACCGCUGUGUGGAUGACAAGGACCCAUACUUCAAUACGCUUUUGCGUAUCAUGUCCACCAGGUGCAUGAUGGCAGCCCAGUACUUCUCGUCUGGUUCCUACGGAUACCCCGAUUUCAAGCAUUACGGUUUGGCUGUUGAUAUCUACACGCAUUUCACCUCGCCCAUCAGAAGAUACUGUGAUGUCGUUGCACACAGACAACUUGCAGGCGCCAUUGGGUACGAGAACUUGGACUUGAGCCACAGAGACAAGCAGAAGAUGGAGAUGAUUGUGCGGAACAUCAACAAAAAGCACAGAAACGCCCAGUUUGCCGGCAGAUCGAGUAUUGAGUACUACGUUGGCCAGGUGAUGCGCAACAACGAGUCCGACCAGGAGGGCUACAUCAUCAAGUGCUUCAACAACGGUAUUGUGGUGCUUGUGCCGAAGUUUGGCAUUGAGGGUUUAAUCAAGUUGGAGGUUCUUGGCGAUGUGAACACGGCAGAGUACAACGAAGACAAGUACGAGUUGACGUUUACUGACUACAAGGGCAAGAAGAGGACGGUUGCCGUGUUUGACAAGGUGACUGUUGAGGUGAAGUCUGUGAAGGACGAGGUUAGCGGUAAGAGAAAGGCGCAGUUGAGUUUGGCAUGA